CUUAGUUACAGUUUGAAAACGAACGAGUAGAGACUACGGCAAAGAUCUCGCAAAAGAUCAUUGAAGUUUCUAAAAAAUAAAAUCUAGCAAAAGGGAAACGGAAAUGGAAAAAUUAAAAAAAUGAAAAGUUAAUACACUAAAAAAAUAUUAAAGCAAAAUAGGUGAUUUUCACCUUCUACCCCACUAAAAGGGUUAGAGGGAGUCCUAGAAAGACACUAAAGAUCAUCAAGUGCUUUACCAAAAAGGACUCUUAAAACAGUGUUUUGGUUUUUUUGGUUCAAUUUGUGUUUUGAAAUUUUGAAAUAUUCUUAAAAAAAAAUAAUAUUGCCAACAUGAAUGUGGAUGAAAUGCGCAAAAGUCUCCAAAGCUUUGGCUGGGUGGACUAUUUGGUUUUCAUUUUAAUGUUGGCCAGCUGUGCGGCCAUUGGCAUAUAUUUUGCCUUACAAAUGCGUCGAAAAGCAAAACUCAAUCAGAAUUUAACCAAUAAGGAUGCCGAAGAUGAUUAUUUGGUGGGUGGAAGAAAAAUGAAGAUCUUUCCCAUAGCCAUGUCAUUGAUAUCAAGUUUUAUUUCCGGCAUUACUUUAUUAGGCACCCCUACCGAAAUCUACCUAUAUGGCACCCAAUAUUUGUACAUCAUUUUUGCCAUGGUCAGCAUGGGUUUUCUAAUGCAUUACUUCUAUUUGCCGGUAUAUCAUGAACUGAAACUGAUAUCAACAUAUCAAUAUCUGGAGUCUCGUUAUGAUAAACGGGUACGUCUUUUUGGUUCGGUGCUUUUUAUAUGUGGUACUAUGCUUUGGUUGCCUAUAGUCAUAUAUGUUCCAGCUCUGGCCUUCAAUCAGGCCACGGGAGCUAAUAUUCAUUUGGUGACCCCUAUGGUGUGUUUGGUAUGCAUUUUCUAUACAAGUGUGGGAGGACUCAAAGCUGUUGUCUGGACCGAUGUUGUGCAAACUCUGUUAAUGUGCGGUGCCAUGGUCUUGAUCAUGGUCAAAGGUACCAUGGAUAUUGGUGGUCCAAGUGUAGUGUUCCAAAAAGCCAUGGACAGUGGCCGCAUAGAAGCUCCAAACUUCUCAUUCGAUAUCACCGAACGUUAUACUGUUUGGUCUUUGAUUAUUGGCGGUGUACCCCAUUGGCUUAAAUCGAAUGCCAUAAAUCAGAAUAUGAUUCAACGCUAUUUGUCAUUGCCAACAUUGAAAUCAGCCCAAAAGGCUAUAUGGUAUUUUAUAACAGGAGUUUUGAUAUUUUUGGUGAUUUGUGGUUAUAGUGGUCUGUUAAUUUAUGCCACAUAUUCGGAAUGUGAUCCACUGGAGACCAAGUUAACCAAACGCAAAGAUCAACUUUUAUCUCUACUGGUUAUGGAAACAUUGGGUAAUUUCCCCGGCUUGCCAGGUCUCUUUGUGGCUGGAGUCUUUAGUGCCGCUCUAUCCUCCUUAUCCACUGGUCUCAAUUCCAUGUCUGCUGUUAUUUUGGAAGAUUUCUUUAAAACCUUUGCCAAAAAGCCUUUGACGAAGCGACAAACUGCUUUUGUAAUGCGUUUUGUGGUGGUAGUCUUUGGGGCCUUAUGUGUGGCACUGGUAUUUGUGGUGGAACAAUUGGGUACAGUGCUACAGCUGAGCAUAACUCUGUCGUCGGUGGCCAAUGGUCCUCUAUUGGGUAUAUUUACAGCUGGUCUGAUGAUACCUUGGGUGGGAGGAACGGGUGCUUUGGUGGGUGGAGUUGUAAGUCUUGUCUUCAUGAUGUGGAUGUGUGUAAGUGCUCAAUUGGAUUUGGCCAGCGGAGUGAUAAAAUAUGCGCGCAAACCCUAUGCCACCACGGGAUGUAAUUAUACAUUUGUGGAUUUUGCACCCAUGAGUUUGGUGGCGGAAAAUAUCACCGAAGUGCUGGAGGAAGCAAGUCCUCCAGAAUUUAAACUCUACAGCAUCUCCUAUCUCUAUUACACCCUGGUGGGUGCUCUCAUAGCCAUUGUUGUUGCUUUGGCUGUCACUUUUGCCUUGGGCAAUCAUAAAGUUGACAGUGUGGAUUCUACUUUGUUGUCACCCUUUGCCCGCCGUUGGAUAGAACGCCAAAGGCUUAAUAAGGCUUUGGUACCCACAUCGACUGAUCCCAAAUUACCCAAUGGGAAUUUUAAAACGUUAGCCGAGACAAAAACGUAAAAAAGGUGUCCACGUUUGGUAGCAGCUAUAAUUUGAGUUCCUUAAAGAGAGAGUAUGCCAAACACAAGAAAAACAAAUAUUUUUAGAGUUUUAUUGUAAUUAGAUGAUAUUUAAUAAAAUUUAUUAAGAGAAGAAAAAAGCAUUGAAA